UAAGUGCAAACAGAAUUCAUUUAUUCUGUUUACAGAUAACAAUACCUAAACGAGGAACUGCACCUAUCACUCAGUAAUUUUGGCCAUGGCUCUCGUACGCGGUGUCUAUGUUGUGGGCGCAAAGCGAACUCCAUUUGGCGCCAUGGGCGGUAGCCUGAAGGACUGGUCCCCCACAGAUCUUUCGGUCGCCGCGUCUAAAGCAGCCAUCACACAAGCAGGAGUGGACCCCUCCAAGAUUGACACGUGUGUUGUAGGAAUCGUCAAUCAGUUUGCUGCAAAGGACGCGCCUUACUGCUCUCGACAUACAGCUCUAAAAGUUGGAAUGGGACAGCAUACGCCGGCUUUAAACAUUAACCGCAUGUGCGGUUCCGGGUUCCAAUCAGCUGUUAACGUCGCCCAGGAAAUCCAACUGGGCAAUGCUUCCAUCGGCCUGGCUGUGGGCUCUGAGAAUAUGUCGAUGUCGCCAUUUAUUUUGCGUGAUACGCGAUUUGGUGUCCGCUUUGGCGUGGAGCCUUCACUCGAGUGUUCAUUGCUAGUAACCCUGACAGAUCAGCUCUGUAAACUGCCCAUGGCUCUAACGGCCGAAAACCUUGCCGAUAAAUUUAAAAUUACUCGGGAUGACGUGGACAACUUCGCUCUUCAGUCACAGCAACGAUGGGCCGACGCUCAUCAGCGGGGUAGUUUUCAGGAGGAAAUCGUUCCCCUGGAUAUCAAGGUCAAGGGCAAACUGGAAUCGAUGAAGGUUGACGAACACCCCAGACCUCAAACAACUAUCGAGGGUCUAAAAAAACUUCCGUCGCUUUUCAAAAAGGAAGGAACAGUUACUGCUGGAAAUGCAUCAGGUAUUUGCGACGGUGCCGGAGCCCUAGUACUAGCUAGCGAAGAAGCUGUCAAGCAAUAUAACCUGAAGCCUCAGGCGCGCAUUGUUGGUUACUCGUACGUCGGGUGCGACCCCACCAUCAUGGGAAUCGGACCGGCACCCGCCAUCCGUGCAAUUCUAGCGAAGACUGGUAUCAAACAGCAGAACGUUGAUUUGUUCGAUAUCAAUGAAGCGUUUGCCUCGCAGUUCCUUGCUGUUCAAAAAGAACUCGGCCUUGAUCCUACCAUCACAAACGUCAAUGGGGGAGCCAUUGCUUUAGGCCACCCUGUGGGUGCAUCUGGUGCACGAAUUCUAGCAAACCUUAUUUAUGAACUUAAAGCUAGGAAUAAAAAGACUGCAAUUGGCUCUGCAUGUAUCGGCGGCGGGCAAGGUAUCGCUGUAAUGCUCGAGAACUGUUAAAACAAACUAAAAUCUGCGAACUGAUCGUGAAGCGUAUGAUUCAGUUCAUGUUUCAAGGACUUCAUUUGACUAAGCUUGUAUAUGAAUGUAUCACGUCUCCUUUACUGCUUGUUUGAGGGCAAAGUGAGCAUCUACCGCAAAUAAGUAAAGGAACACUUAGUAGAGGUAGUCUACCAAAAAGUCGGGGAUGUUCAUCUAUGAAAAGUUCUGCUCAAUUGAACUUAAAUAUUUUCAGCCUAUCUUUGUAUAGAUAUUUACAAUAUAGAAUACAAAUGUAUUAGGUAAUGUGUAUUAAGAGCUGACUGACAGCAGCGUAUGAGCAAACAGUCAAUCCUUCUUCAAGAUAGUUCAAGUUGAUUAGCAACAAUAUUGCUUCAGAAAGAAAACUUGAAAUUCAAAAUCUAGUACCAUUUGAUUAUUGAGGUUCUAUUGUGUACAUCAUCGUAGAACAUUUUAGGCGUCUAAAUGAUUACCAAUUAAAUCGCAUACGAUAGUAGGAAACAUUUUUGAUGUCACUCUCUUCUGGCGACGCUAAGAACGCCUUUCAUAUUCGUCCCACUGAGGAGUUGUAUAAACCGAGUAUUUUAUUUUUACCAGAGCUAAUUAUAAAUGUCGAAAGAUACGCAUUUACAUAUAUAUGACAAAAUGUAAGAAACAAUAUAUCAUUAUAAAAGCGAUAUUAAUUGUUGCGCUAACUAUGGUACCUUUCAGCCAGAUCCUAUCCUUUGAUAAAAGAAUGUAAGAAAUAAAAAUUAACUGUUACAAAUAGCUAGUUCUUCUAUAAAAACAAGACAGAGUAAUUUGUUUUCAAUAGUAUAGCUUAGUCGAGUCGAAUCUUUUGAAGCUUACCAAAACUGUAUCUCAAAUAAACGUUGGCUAGUCCUUA